AUGUAUUGUGACAGAGGAGCACAUAUUGAAAAGCUUAUUCGGUUGACUGUGAAUAACGCUCUUCGAAGAGAUGUUAUUGAACGUGAUACAUUAGAUAUCGGUGAGGAUUCAGCAGAACAACUCCGAAUUCGUAAUUUAGAUUUUUCAAUUGCAUUAGAAAAGGUUCAAUCAAAGCCGUUAGACUUUUAUAAGGGUGAAACAAAUGAUAUGUAG